CCAUGUGUGGGCCCAGGAAAACCUUUCAUUCUUCCACUUCUCCAGGGUUCUUAAAUGAUACUCUGCUGGAAUUGGGCAUCAUUUUUCCUCCAGGAUAUUUUCUCUGAACUGCCUAGUCCCUAAAAUGCCCCUCCUCUGUUCGCCAUAAAAUGAAAUUCCCUCAUUAUAAUUGUAUAUUUUCAAUAGUCCAUCUCUCCUAUGAUUUUUUUUUGAGGUAGGGGCUCAUCGGUGUAAGAUAAAACAGGAUCUGGCUCCCAUGCAGUUUGCAUACGAUUGUGAGAGACAAACAACAAACAAUUACAUGAGAUAAUUUCUGUAUCCUAAGUGCAAUACGUAAAAAAACACGGAGAUCUGAUGGCGCCCGGAAAAGGAAGCACCUCUGAGCAAGGACACUUAAGAGAGACCUGACCAAGAAGCUAGCCUCUCAAAGAGCGAGAAAGAUCUUUCAUUCCAGACACAGGAGUGGCAACUAGCCUCAGCACGGAGCACGGUGUUCCGGGAAAUUCUGAGGGAAUCCUACAGGAGAAGGGAGAGGUGUAUUUGUAAAGAUCUAGAGAGAUAUUUUAAGUAGCUAUUUAAGGCUAAUCCCUAACUCUGACUUCAUCCAAGCAGCCGGUUAGGCGGCUACGUCCUAUGAGGUCCGAAGGAUGGAAGUGAAAGAAGCCUGCCGCUAAACCUGGCCUCUCAGAUACCGUAGGUGGCUUGGACCAUCCAAGCCUCCCUUUCUUCCUCGUCGGAGAGCCCUGGAUCUACUUCUGCAGCUGGCCCACUAGGCCCGGGCACACGUGGAAGGAGCCACUGAGAAGCGGGCCACCUUUUAGACUCGGAAGGCUGGCCUAGUCUCACAUCCUCUCGUACACGCCCGGCCAGCCGGCCAGGCCUCGUCUCCAGCCCGCGAGGCUCCGGGCCGAUGGAGACUGACCGCAGGCUCAGAGGCUGGGGCACCGGUUCGGAGAAAUGGAAGCGCCUCAGCAAGGGGCGCGAGAAAUCAAAGAAGGGAAACCGGAGAGCGGGGAGCAGAAGCCGCGGAAGCGCCGCGGUCCGCUGCUGGUGACAUGUCAGGUCAUGAUGAUGGGCAGCACCCGAGUGGCCGAGCUGCUGCUGCUCCACGGCGCGGACCCCAACUGCGCAGACCCCGCCACCCUCACCCGCCCGGUGCAUGAUGCCGCCCGGGAAGGCUUCCUGGACACGCUGGCGGUGCUGCACCGAGCCGGGGCGCGGCUGGAUGUGCGCGAUGCCUGGGGCCGCCUGCCAGUGGACCUGGCUGAGGAGCGGGGCCACCGCGAUGUUGCCCAGUACCUGCGCAUGGCCGCAGGGGGCACCGAAAGCGGUAGCCACGCCCGUACAGACGUCUAAGACAACCCAGUCUUAGAAGGUCAUGGAGAACCGGAGACCGUUUCUUCAUCAUGAUCUUCUUUCCCUUUAUCCUAAAUUUUCAUAUAAAAGA